CCCAUAUUUUCCCAGAGUGCACCGCGGGUACGCUGCAGUGCUUCAGCAAAAUUAGCUUUAGUAGCUGUUAGAAUACGUUUUUGGUGACAUUUCUAUCCACACAAACAGUAAAUUUAGCAUUUGUAAGAAUGGCUGGAAGUGCAGGAGAAUGGUGCCUGAUGGAAAGUGACCCCGGCGUGUUUACGGAGCUGAUUAAAGGCUUUGGCUGCAAAGGAGCCCAGGUUGAAGAGAUCUGGAGCAUGGAGCCUGAGAACUUUGAGAACUUAAAACCAGUUCAUGGGUUGAUUUUCCUGUUCAAGUGGCAGCCAGGUGAAGAGCCAGCAGGGUCAAUUGUCCAGGAUUCUCGGCUUGACCACAUUUUCUUUGCAAAACAGGUCAUCAACAAUGCCUGUGCCACCCAGGCGAUAGUCAGUGUCCUGCUGAACUGUUCCCACCCUGACAUGUUGCUUGGAGACACGUUGACGGAGUUCAGAGAGUUUUCACAGAGCUUUGAUGCAGCUAUGAAAGGUUUGGCUCUUAGCAACUCCGAAGUGAUCCGGCAAGUUCACAACAGCUUUGCCAGGCCACAAAUGUUUGAAUUUGAUGCAAAAUCAUGCAAAGAGGAGGACGCCUUUCAUUUUGUGAGCUACGUUCCUGUAAACGGCAGGCUGUACGCUGAUGGACUCCGAGAGGGACCAAUUGACUUGGGUGCAUGUAACCAGGAUGACUGGAUCAGCGCCGUUCGUCCAGUGAUUGAGAAAAGAAUCCAAAAGUACAGUGAAGGGGAGAUCCGAUUCAACCUAAUGGCCAUUGUGUCAGACAGAAAGAUGAUAUAUGAGAGGAAAAUCACAGCGCUCCAGACUCAGCUUACUGAGGAUGAACCGAUGGACACGGACCAGAGCAGCACAUUUUUAAGCUCCAUUCAGUCGGAGAUCGCCAAAUACCAGCUGCUCAUUGAAGAGGAAAAUCAGAAACUUAAGCGAUAUAAGAUUGAAAACAUUCGAAGAAAGCACAACUACCUUCCAUUCAUCAUGGAGCUGCUUAAGACGCUGGCAGAAUACCAACAGUUAAUACCUUUAGUGGAGAAGGCAAAGGAGAAACAGAACGCCAAAAAAGCCCAAGAGGCCAAAUGAAAACAGAAAAGCUGCAACCACUCAUUCAUCAGUGAACCACACACGCCACACCGUCUCUUAUAUUCACGUUACUGACCAGGUCAUUUCUUCACUGUGGCAUCCUACAACCAUCAAGAUCUAAGAAAGGCACCAGAGUCUGUCUGCAAAAUACUGGCCAUAUGUGUCCCUCAGCUGCACUGCAUGAUAGAAGAAAGUGUGCACAGCAUAUGUAUUGUCUUAUUUUCAUAAUAAAAUGUCUACAUAUUUGUGAA